CAGGAUUGUCGAAGUCAUGGGACUCGCUUGGUAAAAACCGAACUCUGAACGUGCACAUUGACCUAGCAGCAGCCUUCGAUGUUGUCUCAUCCUGGUGGCUGAAAGUAAAAUCAACAUUUAUGUCAGAGUAAUAAUAAAGAUGGUUAAUUUAACGUGCGGUGUGAAUGUGUUGAAACACAGUAGUUUUUAUGAGCUAAAUAAGAAUUGUUCAACAUUAGAGGGAGCUGCUGUACCAGCUACAACAAUAUUGUAUGGUUGUCAUGCAGCUUUGUCUUUUCUGCUGGUGUUUGUUACAUAUUUACAUUACAACAGUGUGACUGUUUUAAACUAUAGUAUCCAUAUUAAUGCAAUAUCGAACAACUGGUGGAUCAUUUAUUUUGUGGUUGCUGGUGCAAGAUCUGUUGUACAAAGUGUGCAAUAUUCUCACACGUAUGUGGAAGAAGGAUACUUUUUGACAAAUUUGAUAACAGUAGGUUUUGAAGUGCUGUUGUUAUGUUUGGCAUUAAAUUAUCAAAGAAGAUUCAGAACUUCUGCAUUUAUUACAAAAGAGAUUGAUCGAGUUAGCAAGUAUGGACCUGGGCGCAGUCUGUGUUCGGACUUUAAAGGACUCUGUAGAGCUUUCACAUCUAGCGGCACUGUGUUUAUAUUUCAAUUUCUCUUUAUUGUUGGGGCGCUUCUUCUGUUCAGAUUACUAAAUGAUCAACAUGCGGAAUGGUUCUGGUUGUAUGUAUCUUUUUUGUUGCUGCUAAAUGUUAGCGCUUUAAUAGUAUGCGCGUUCAUAGCAGCUAGAAGUGGAGUUGAUGAACCAGCUACCAAAACAAAGGUCUACUUUUUUCUUUCCGUUCUGUUGGCAAUUCCUGAACGCCUUCCAUUGUUCUUCUGGAUACACUGCGCUCACAUGAAAUGUUGGGGUGAUGCGAUGACGUUAUUUGAUUUAUGGGUCAUUUUCAAGAUGGUGUCAUUCCUGUGUAUAUUCCGUGCGCUGCAUUUAGAAUACAAUCGUUUGAAACAUGAAUGUCAGUACGCCAUGUUGAACGAAGUGCAGGGAUAUAACUUCGAGUAGACUGUCAUAUAUCCUGCCUGACGCGAUAUCAAACUCGAGCAUGUUUUUUAAGAUUUGAUAAAUGAAAAAACUCGAGUGUUACUUUGGAACAUUUUCAUUUUUAUAGUAAAUUUUAUAAGUCGAGAAAGAAGCAAACUCACACUUGUUCUCUUAAGAGUGUUUACUCGUUAUAGUUAAACUUUAGUAAUGAAUAUUUUAAUUUGUUAUAUAUAUAAAUAUAUGUUUAAAGUAUUUUUAAGAAUUUUUGUAAAUUGACGUUUUGUUACUAAAUAUUAAUAUAGACGUUUAUUAA